UCUCUCCGCUUAACAUUUUCUCAUUUCCUUGCAAAUCUACUCUGGGGCUUUUCUUGUGAAACAGCUGAAAUGGCUCUCAAUGGUAAAACUGCAGUAGUGACCGGAGCUGCGAUGGGAAUAGGAAGAUCAAUAGCUGAACUUCUUCUGCAAAAUGGUGCCAAGGUGGCCAUCCUGGACAUGAAUGAAACUGCAGGACAGAGUUUAGUUGAAACCCUGAACAAAGAGCACGGACCAGACAGAGCCCUGUUCCUGCUGUGCAACGUAGAGUCAGAAGAGGAGAUCAAAGCUGCCUUUCAGAAAACUGUAGAAACCUUUGGUGGAAUUGACAUCCUGGUCAACAAUGCUGGCAUCUUCAAUGAGAUAACGUGGGAGAAGACUAUUGGCAUCAACCUUGGUGGCUGUAUUAGGGGGUCUUACCUGGUUAUCGAGCACAUGAACAAGCUGACUGGGGGUCGUGGAGGGGUCAUCAUCAAUGUGGCAUCCAUGGCAGGUAUUGGCCUUCUGUCUUGCUGCCCUGUGUAUACAGCCACCAAGCAUGCAGUGGUUGGGUUUACUCGAGCAUUUGCGGCUGCCUCAGUUGCAUCAGGCUAUGGUAUACGGAUGAAUGCCCUCUGCCCAGGAUUCGUUCAAACGGACCUCUUCUCCUCUAUCAAGUCCAAACUGGGACAAUUCUCCAACUUGGCAGGUGCUAACCAGGAACUGAUAGAAAAACUUGGUGUGUUAACUGGAAAUGAAUAUUCAUUUCCACUGCAUCUCUUGAUGCAGGCUUGCAGAAGUAGUCGAGGGCUUCCUUGAGCUCGUGACAGAUGAGACCAAAAAUGGAGAAGCUCUUCUAGUUCUCCCAAAAGAGAAGAAAUAUGCAACUUUUUCAGCAUCACCCACUGAUUAACUAUGACAAUAUUUCAAGUCUUUCAGGCAAGAGUUUCAACUUCUGUACAAUGUAUGAAAUGUACUGCAAUAACAGAUUAAAAUAUAAAAUCUGUGUGGGUGUUUGAUCUGCAACAUCCUGCCACUGGCAAAUUUCAGUCUUGUUAUUGCACAACACUGACACUUAAACCAUUUGACUGUAGGAGCUGCUGAACUUGUGUCACAACACACCGCAAAGAUGUAGUGUCACCUGGAUCUAGCUCCCCCUAGUGUAACUUUUUUCUUCCCCUUAUUUAAACAAACGCACGCCUGACAGGGAUGUAGUCAGUAACCGUACCGGCGUAGAAUAAACUAAUAUAUCUGAACAGAAAUCAACUUCCUCUGCAAGUACCCGAAAUGACAAACCACAAGGGAAAAUGCGUUGUCACUGCAAAAUAUCACACCAUAUGUUUGAAGGCACUGCAGUCAGAUCUCACAUAGAUACACAUGGGUCUCUGUAUUAAGAAUUAGUUAUCACCCACAGUCAGCUGUGAAAGGGAAGUCACCAAAACAAAGAUG